ACGGGUUCCACCCGGACCUGAAAGGGAGACGCACGCCGAAACAUGGCGGCCAACAUAGAACAGAUUUUUCAGGAUUUCAUUUUGAGUAAAAUCAGAGAAAUUGAAGACCAGAACGAAGACGAAUCUGGCGGUGAAGGAGCGGUCGCCGGCGGCGAAGCGGACGGAGCAGAGAAAGCCGCGUCCGAAAGGGAGACGCGGGACGACGUCGGGGGCGGCGGCGUCACACAAAAGAAACACAAGAAGCACAAAAAACACAAGAGCAAGAAGAAGAAGAGGAAGCGAGAGAACGAGAAGGAAAGCAGUGACGAGUCGGAGGCGGACGGGAGCAAACAUCAGCCGAGAAGAGGAACACCAACAGAGGUGAAUAAGGAGCAAGGUGAGGAGGAGGAGAAGAGCAAGAAAUGUCACAAGCGGCACUCAACAGGGAAGAAGAAGAAGAAGAAGAAGAAGAAGAAGAAGCGGAGGAGGAAAAGUGACGACAACUCAUCAGACUCCGACUCCGAGUGUGUGUCAAAGCAGAGGGAUGUUAACUGUGCUCAAAGCUUAUCCCCGAGGCGACGAGAGGAGCUGCCUGAUAUCAUCCCCAAACAGGACAGCUCCAAUAAAGGGAGAAGAGACGAGGAGAGACGUGGCAGGGGGAGUUGUCGUUCCCGUUCCCGCUCACAGUCACAUUCCGAUUAUCAUUCGCAUUCCUGCGCGGCGAGGGGGAGCUCGCGCUCCCGGUGUGCACACCACGGCCGGAGAUCCAGGACGCGCUCCAGCUCCUCAGAGAAGAGGCCAGUUCACGACGAUCCCGCCCCAUCGCCCCAGGGUCCUUCGAAAAGCCCCCGGCCGCCUCAGCCAGCCUCCAGCUCGUCUCACAGCGGUGUCAGAACAGAGGCGCUGACAGAGUCGAACGCCGCGGAGCCGCAGAACAUUGAGCGGUGUGUGACGCCAGCAGAGGAAAAAGAAGAGAAAUCAGAGGAGGCAACACAAAACUUCGUUACAGAUUUCGGCACAUCCCAGUCCACAGCUUCCAAACCCGACCGGACUGAGGAGCCUGGCUGCCCUCGGCUCAAAGUGCCGGAAACCACCCGGUCCCCCGUCGCCGAUGUUAAAUCGCCAGUAAAGAAGAAGAGGAAAACGUCGCCACAGAGGAGCAAAGAUGGGAAGUCGUCAAAAAGGCCGAAAAGAUCCAAGUCACCGAGUCGGAGCCACAUGAGGGGAUCCAGAUCAAGGAGCCCGUCACGGAGGACGAGAUCACGGUCGAGGUCUGGGGGCCGGAGGUCCAGGAGGUCGCGCUCAUGGUCGCCGUCACGGGGCCGGAGGCGGGCUCCGUACAGCCAGAGGGACCGCUGGAAACGAGAGCCGAGUCACUCGCCUGUGCUCAUCCUCCGCAAAGAUCGAUCCCCCACCAGGAAACACUGCAGCUCGAGCGACAGUCCUCACCGCAUCAGUGAUCUGGAUAAGGAGCAGUUGUUGGAAAUCGCCAAGGCCAAUGCUGCUGCCAUGUGCGCCAAGGCAGGAAUGCCCAUCCCUGCCAGCCUGAGGUCCAACAUGCUUCCCCUUGUUCUGCCGAGUGUGGCCAUGAACGCCGCCAUGGCCAGUAUGACCGCCGCCACCAUGACAGCAGCCCUGUCCAACAUGGGCACUCUGUCCUCGCUGCUCUCUCUGCCCUCCAUCACCAACAAGCCGCCGCCCGCCGCCGCUCAGCCCAACAUCGCCGCCUUGGAGGAGGUGAAGAGGAAAGUGGCGAAGCAGGCGAACAGCAUCAGCAUCAAGGAAUUUACUGAUAAAUGCAAGAUGAUCGUCGACAGUAAAGGAGAGCUGCCUGUGGCAGUGCCUCACGUGUCAGACGAGGAGGAUGAUGGGAAACCGUUUGGAGGUUCAGCGCUUCGCGAGCAGAAAGCCAUCAGCUUCAGCAUCAAUAACACAACGGUUCGUCCGGCGGUGAGGAGUGACGCUGGCAUGGCCAAGGAGUUCCCCGUGUCGUCGGGAUGCCAGCAUCGUAAGAAGGAGGGCGAGGCGCUGGGUGCCUACGGAGAAUGGGUUCCGGUUGACAAAGCAGCAGAAAAAGUGGCAGCUGCCUCCAGAAAGGCACAGAGCGCCGCUCUGGCAGCGCCCGCCUCCUCAUCGUCAGGCGAAGGGGCUGCGGCGCCAGAGGCGGUGGAGCCGCCCGUUAUUGACAGUGUCUUUCCUGAUCCAGUGCAGCAGCCAGUCGACAUCUCUCAGGCCGUAACCGAGAGAAUCAAAGCUCAGCGGCGAUUGGCCGAGAACCCGUAUGAUGUCAGUGCCAUCUGCAUGCUCAGCCGGGCGCAGGAGCAGGUGGACGCUUGGGCCCAGUCCAACACGGUGCCUGGUCUCUUCACCGGUUCGACCGGAGCCCAGGUCCUGACGUCAGAGGAGCUGUCCAACAGCGGACCACAGGCCUGGCUGAAGAAGGACCAGUUCCUGAGGGCGGCUCCAGUCUCCGGGGGGGUCGGGGAGUUCCUGAUGAGGAAGAUGGGCUGGAGGACGGGGGAGGGCCUGGGGAGGAACCGCGAGGGAACCGUGGAGCCAAUCAUCAUCGACUUCAAGGUCGACCGCAAAGGAUUGGUCGCUGAAGGAGAGAAGCCACAGAAGCAGACAGGAGGCCUGGUGGUGACCAAAGACCUGAUGGGGAAACACCCGGUGUCCGCGCUCAUCGAGCUCUGCAACAAGAGACGCAUCAUGCAGCCGGACUUCGUCAUGGUUCACCACAGCGGCCCCGACCACCGCAAGAAUUUCCUCUUCAAGGUCACGGUGAAUGGCGUGGACUACCAGCCGCAGACGGCGAGCCCCAAUAAGAAACACGCCAAGGCCAUGGCGGCGACGGUCGCCCUGCAGGCUCUGGGAGAGGUUCCUGUGGACGGACCGGGACUCUACACCGGCCCCGUCUUCACAGCUGCGUCCACCGGACCCCUCUUCUCCACAUAGACACACGCACACACUCUGACUCAGACCGGACUCUGACCAAUUUUAUACCUUUUUCUUUAUUCUUUUUUAAAGUCACCAUGUUCCUGAAAGCGUGGUGAAUACGUUUUUUGCCAUGUCGUCAGGAUCACAGAAGAGUCUUCAUCUCAUAUCAAAAAGUGGAUGGCAUGUAUGUAUGUAUGUAUGUAACUAUGAACGUAUGAUGAUAUUUAUAAAACAGUAGCAUUUCAAACUAAUAUAUACAUUAGCUAACCAGGACUCUAGUGUGACACAAGACGUCGUCUCUGCAGUAGAUUCACUGUCGUCACAGCGAAGCAGAGCUUUUAUCGUUGAGCUGUGAAAUGAAAACCUGUGAACGACUCGUCUCGUUUGGUUUGAACAAUUUUCUUUCUCUCUCUUUUUUCCUGAUGUUAUAUAUUUGUGGCCUGGCGUCGUCCUCACAAACUGUUUCUCACGUCGCUGUUGGACUUUGUGCAACUUGACCUACUCAAAAUGUGUAAAGACAAAAUAAAGAUUCUAUUUAAGUUAACGUCGUGGAGGAAUCCACGUGGUGUGUCGCCGUAACGAUGCCGCCGACAACUGUCUGGUGUCGGUUCCAGGGUUUUCAUGAAUUAAACCCAACAGGCGAUGUCCUUUGUUGACGUGUUUUUAGAUAAGAUAAUAAGAAAAAUAAGUCCAAAGAGCAACAAAUGGUUAAGGAUAGAUGAUAAAUGAUGUAAAACUAUUAAUAGUUGUAUAAAAAUGUUUUUUCCUAA